AUGGCUACUGGCAUAGCAGUAUGUGGCGCUGGCGUUGGUACCGUCCUGUUUGCGCCGAUCAGUGAAGCACUUAUUAAAACUUCCUGGAGAACGGUUUUUGCAGUAUAUGGAGUAAUUAUACUAAUGUGUUCCUUAUGUGGUGCCACUUUCCGACCAUUGACAUUUGUUGCUGUAGAAGAUGAAAGGAGAACGAAGAAAGUCCUCAAUGGAGAUGAGAAAAAUGGAUCCAUAGAAAUGGAUAAAGAAAAUGCGCCAUUAUCAACCACAUUGCUUUCUUCACAUAGCCAUCAAAAUAUUGAUAUGGAAGGAAAGAAUGGGAAAUUGAAGCUAUUAGAAUCGUUGGAAAGAGAUAUUUCACGUCAAGGAAGUCGAAGAAUUUCUGAACCCACAGGAUUUAUCACUGCUAAAGACGUGUUCUACACAGAUUCAAUGAGCGAAUUACCAGAAGUUGAAAGGCAUCGAUCGCUUACAUCACUCAAUAGGGAUGAUAAGUUGAAAAGCUUAGAAGAGAUGGUGAUGAAUUGGGAAGAAGCGAAAAAAGUUAACAAAGCAGGAGAAAUUUUGAGGACAGUGGAGAAAAUGACGAAUAUCUCGUUACUUGCCAAUUCAAUAUUUCUGCUCUAUGCAAUUUCAAAUCUAUUGACAAGCAUCGCAUUUAAUUCUCCACUUGUUUUCUUACCCUCACAUGCAACCAAUCUUGGUUUAACUCCUGCACAAUCUGCAAGCGUUAUUAGUGCAUUCGGUGUUAUGAAUACAAUUGGACGAAUUUUAGUUGGAUUACUAUCUGAUCGUAAAUUACCAUGCAGAUAUGGGAAAAAUACGGCACAAAAUAGAUUAUGGAUCUACGUAUCAUCGUUAAGUAUAUGUGGUUUGUUAACCACCGGCGUAUUCUUUUACCAUAGCUACAUAGGAUUGGUUGUAUAUUCCGGUUUAUUUGGAUUAACGUUAUCAUCUUACGUAUGCCUUACGUCAGUAUUGCUUGUCGACUUAGUUGGUAUUGAGAAAUUGACCAACGCAUUUGGUUUAAUUUUACUCUUCCAAGGGGUUGGCACCAUUAUAGGACCUCCCAUAUCUGGACAACUAGCUGACUUAACUGGUUCCUACAACAUGUCAUUUGUAUUCUGUGGUGUAGCACUUCUGAUUUCGGGUUUGAUGUUAGCAUUUGUGCCACAAAUCCAACGAAAUCGAACGGUAAAUAUAUAA